ACUUGAACGUGCAGCUGAUAAAAUACAAAUAGAAAAAAUCAUCCACAAAACUCUCCUUUAAUAGAUUGAACUGUGAGAGAGAGAAUCUUUUUAACUGCUCAAAUAAAUACAAGUCUACUUUACAGUCUUCUCUUCAGAUCCUUCUUUUCAGCCUCCAAAAUAUCAACUAAACGCCUGGCUCAUAUCACACGCCCAGAUUAAUUCUUCAGAAAGCACUCUGCAGAGGUUGGAAACUUGAGGUCCAAAUAUGAGUUUAGCAUGUCUUGCAUGCCAUAGCGUAGAAAGUCCAUCACACUCCUUUAGGAGUUACUCAGUUUCGAGUUCAGACAAUGACGGUAGAUGUUCUGCUAUUUCCAGCUGCUUAGCCAGGAGGUUACCUCUUCCUCCUACAUCAAGUUCCCUAUCAAAAUCUAAAGUAACUCCACACCCAUCGAUUCCAAGCAGUAGCGUAACGUCGGGAACGCCCCGAUUAGUCAGGAGCUGUGCCGUGAGAAGGGACCUCGUAAGAGACUGGAACUUCGAUGAGGUUGUGAUUGGACGUUAGGUUCGUUAUUCAACUUUUAGUCGUGGCGAGUACUUAGGCUCUUUUCUUCAUUUAGUGUUGGAAUCUAGUCUUGCAAUCUAAUUUUGUUUUGUAUUGAUUGCAACUGAACUUGCCUUUCUUGUAGAAGAUUCUGCGUUUGUAACCAAAUGAAUAUGAGCAUUGAAAUGUUCUGUUUA